AUGGUUUCCAUUGCUAACGCACACGAUGAUCUCAUUCAUGACGCUGUCCUUGACUAUUAUGGCAAACGUCUUGCCACUUGCUCAAGUGACAAAACAAUCAAAAUCUUUGCAAUUGAAAACGACCAGCACAGAUUAAUCGAGACGCUACGUGGCCAUGAAGGUCCUGUAUGGCAAGUUGGUUGGGCGCAUCCUAAGUUUGGUGUAAUCUUAGCGUCCUGUUCAUAUGAUGGUGCUGUCCUUGUGUGGAAGGAAGAGAACGGUGUUUGGUCCUUGAUAACCGAACAUAGAGUCCAUUCAGCAAGUGUCAAUUCUAUAUCAUGGGCACCUGAAGAAUACGGAGCAUUAUUACUGUGUACAUCAAGUGAUGGUUCUGCUUCUGUAAUUGAGUUUGUGGCCGAUGGAAGUACAAAAAACUUUGUUUUUGAUGCACAUUCGAUUGGUGUCAACGCAGGUACCUGGGCCCCAUGUUUCACCGACGGCAAAAACAUUGAAGAUAGAAGAAUUGUCACUGGUGGUUGUGACAAUCUAGUCAAAAUCUGGAGAUUCCAAAAAGAUGGUAACGGUGUUGUUCUAGAAGAUUCAUUACAAGGCCACACUGAUUGGGUGCGUGAUGUUGCUUGGUCUCCUUGUAAUUUGGGGAAGGCAUACAUUGCGACUGCAUCGCAAGAUAGAACAGUGCUUAUAUGGACUAAAGGUACUAGUGAGGAAGGUGCAGUUUGGAAGAAAACCCUUUUGACUAAGGACAAAUUUCCAGAUGUUUGCUGGAGGGCUUCCUGGUCAUUGAGCGGAAACAUUCUUGCCAUUAGUGGUAAUGAUAAAGUUACAUUGUGGAAAGAGACCCUGGAUGGUAGUUGGGAAUCCGCUGGUGAAGUUGAACAGUGA